UGGGUUGUGAAUGAACAACUGAGUAUCACGAGGGCAUUGCCCACCCACAACUCUUCCCCACGUUAAAGGAAGGGGAAACAGAUAGUAACUGUUCCAGGAAGAGGCUAGAAGAAACAUUCGAAAAGGUGGGAGAAGUGAGAGAGUUGCUGGUGGAGCAUUCUUGGCCUUAAUCUUAGAGAGAGGACUGUGGGCAAACCUCUGAGGCUAAAGCUUAAAUAGUUAAAUGGUGAGCUCUAGGUGAGCUCCCAGUCUGGGGAAGGAUAGGAAGCAGGUGUCCAGUUACCCCACGGCAUGCCUGGUAACCUGCUGUUGCUCUGAGGCAUAGCUUGUUGUGGCAAUUGUCUCUGGGGCUGCAGUGACACAGCGGCAGCUUGGAGCUGAGCAUGGUAAGUAUCAUGUCUCCUGUCUCCUUUUUUUUUUUUUUUUAAUUUUAAGUAGUGCAACAUGUUAAGUAGAAAUGAGCUGAUCUUCUCAUGGCCAUGAUGGGGGUGCACGUGGCUGGAUAGUUUUGGUUUUGGAGUAUAUUUGGGGGAGGGGUAUCUGAGAAAGGGAAGCAUGGGAGUUAAAGUGGAAAAGGUGGGUGAGUGGCGGCCUGUGAGCAGUCUUCAAGGCCGGGCUGAGGGGUUUGGACAUUGUACUGUGGCAACAUGGGGCACGCUGAGAUCCUGUGUGGAGGGCGGAUGUGUAGUUAAUAUACCUCGGUAACCCCAGUGCUGGGCACCAGGCCUGGCACCACUAGGCAUGCUGUGAAUGAGGGAGGGUGGUGAGUGAAUGAAUGAAGGAGUUUGAGGCAUAAGGGGUCAUGAUCUGAUCAAAGCGAAGUUUUAGGACAAACAGCUUUAAGAAUCAGUGUUCAGAGUCCACUUUGGAGCCAGAUGCACCUCCAACCGUACUUCAGCUCUGGCCCCCUAACCUGGGACAACACUCCUAACUUCUCCAGACGUCAGUUUCCUGUCUGUAAAAUGGGAACAGUGAUACCUGUUUGUAAAUUUGUAUGUAGAGGUCGUGUGUGGCACAGAGGCUGGCCCUCGAUUCUCCGGGGCCCGAACGUUACUGAGUGCCUUCGCCUUGCACCUCCUCCAGUUCUCAAGGACCCUAUGGGGAGGUAGGGCAGGCCAUCACGCCUGUCCCUGUCUUUCUCAGGUGAAGGCUCAGGAGGUCAGGGGUCUUUCCUGGAGGCCUUCCCCACCUUGCAAGCCUAGCCCCACCAUUCCUUCAAGGCCUUUCUCCUUCAUGAGGCCUUCUCUCAGCUCCUCUGCCUGUUGCCGUGGCCUUGGUGGCACCCUCCCUCAGUGGUCAGCCCGGGGCUUCCUCAGCCCAUGCAGUCCCCUGCUACCACUGCUGAGGGCCUCAGUGGCCCUCCCUUUGGGGCCUACCCACUCCCUACCUUCAAGUUCCAGCCUCGCUCUGAGAGUGUGGACUGGAGGCGCAUCAGCGCCCUGGAUGUGGACCGCGUGGCACGGGAGCUGGAUGUGGCCACCCUGCAGGAGAACAUCACGGGUGUCACCUUCUGCAAUUUGGACCGGGAGGUGUGCAGCCGCUGUGGGCAGCCCGUGGACCCGGUGCUGCUCAAGGUGCUGCGCUUGGCUCAGCUCACCAUUGAGUACCUGCUGCACUGCCAGGAUUGCCUGAGCGCCGGCGUUGCCCAGCUUGAGGCCCGGCUGCAGGCCAGCCUGGGGCAGCAGCAGCGAGGCCAGCAGGAGCUGGGUCGCCAGGCCGACGAGCUCAAGGGCGUGCGGGAGGAGAGCCGCCGGCGUCGCAAGAUGAUCGGCACCUUGCAGCAGCUGCUCCUGCAGACGGGGGUCCAUGGCUACCACACGUGCCACCUGUGUGACAAGACGUUCAUGAACGCCACCUUUCUCCGGGGCCAUAUCCAGCGCAGGCAUGCGGGCGUGGCAGAAGGUGGGAAGCAGAAGCAGCAGGAACAGCCAGUGGAGGAGAUACUGGAGGAGCUUCGGGCCAAACUAAAAUGGACCCAAGGGGAGCUGGAAGCCCAGAGGGAGGCCGAGAGGCUCCGGCAGCUCCAGGAAGCAGAGAUUGCUCGUCAGAAGGAGAUAGAAGCUAAGAAAGAAUUUGAUGAAUGGAAAGAAAAAGAGAGGGCCACGCUAUAUGAGGAAAUAGACAAGCUAAAAAAAUUAUUUUGGGAUGAAUUUAAAAGUGUUGCCAACCAUAACUCAACUCUAGAAGAGAAACUGCAGGCAUUGCAGUCCCACAAUAUGAUGGAGUCCAACCUCGGGUCACUACGGGACGAGGAGUCUGAGGAGCGACUCAGGCAGACUCAGGAACUCCGGGCCCUGAAGGAGAUGAUGGAAAUGCAGAAAACAGAAUGGAAGAGAAAAAUGAAGGAACUGCAGGGAGAGCACGCAGCUCAGAAGCGAGAGCUGCAGGAGCAGAAUGAGAGGCUCCAGGCCUCCCUGUCUCAGGAUCAGAGGAAAGCAGCCGCCCAGGCCCAGCGCCAGAUCAGUGCUCUCCGUGCCCAGCUCCAGGAACAAGCCAGGCUCAUCACCUCCCAGGAAGAGAUGAUCCAGACCAUGUCUCUGAGGAAGGAGGAGGGGAUCCACAAGGGCCCGAAGGCUAUGGACACAGAGGAGGACUCUUCCGAGGAAGAGUUAGAGGACUCCGGAGACGGACAGCAGAAGGUGCUGGCAGCGCUGAGGCGAAACCCCACCCUGCUGAUGCAGUUCAGGCCAAUCCUGGAGGACACCUUGGAAGAGAAGCUGGAAAGCAUGGGGAUAAAGAGAGAUGCAAAGGGAAUCCCCUUUCAAACUCUGAGACACCUCGAGUCCCUCCUGAGAGCCCAGCGGGAGCAGAAGGCACGGAGGUUUUCUGAAUUUCUGAGUCUGAGGGAAAAGCUUGUCAAGGAAGCCACCAGUAGAGUGAAGCAGAGACAGAGACACAUGGCCCCGGCAUCCCAGUUGGACAGCGGGGCUCCAGUCAAAAGCCAGCAGAACCCACUGGCCAUCAAAGAGGCCCAGCCAAAGUCCAGGACGCUGCAUGUGGCAUUGCCAUCUAAGCCAGCAGAGCCACCCACGACAACUCUUCAGAGCCGCAGCAGCCACGGUCCUGGCCUGGCUCCAGUGCCCACCCCUACUCCGCGCCCCAGAGCACGUGGACCCUCCGGCGCCUCUGCUUCCUCAGGGCCCGGGCCAAGUACACCCCCAUUCAGUUCUGAAGAGGACUCAGAGGGAAAUUCCGUGCAGCGGACAUCUCUCCAGCCCCCACGAGGUCCUUCCAGGAUGGGGCCCCGGCCAGAGGACAACUGGGACUGGUCUGACACAGAGACGUCAGAGGGGAGUGCCCAGCCCCCUGAAAAAGGCUCAGGUGGGCUGGCUUCUUCAGGAACCCUGGUGCAGUCGCUGGUCAAAAACCUUGAGAAACAGCUGGAGGCUCCAGUGAAGAAGCCUGCUGGAGGGGUCAAUCUGUUCUUAAUGCCCAGCGCCGGCCCACAGAAGGCUGCUGUGCCAGGAAGGAAGCCCCAGCUUUCAGACGAUGAGACUGACUUGGAGAUCUCUUCCUUAGAAGAUCUCCCCCAGGACCUGGGCCAGAGAGAAGAACUGAAGCCCCUGUCUCGCUCAAAGCCGCCGGAGAAGUUUGGCACCAGCCCUUGGAGCCCUGGCCGACCCAGGGUCCCUGGCUGGUGAUCCCACCCCAGAACCUGGCUGGGGCCAGCUCAGGGUGCCCUCCGCCCUCCCCCCCCCUCCCCCCCAACACAAGAGGCUACUAGGCCGCUCUUGUCUUCACCAGUAACUGAGUCUUCUCUGGAGUCUUCUCUGGAAGAGAAGGUCUCUCUGGAGAUAAACAGAGCAGAAGGGGGAUAUAAUUUCUCCUCUCUUGCCUGUGAGGAGGGGUCCUGUUUCAGAGCUCCAGGGGCACCUGGCUGGGUGCUCCCAGUCCUAUGGUUUGAGAAAGGGUUAUAAUGAGCCCUUUCCUCCCCCCACCUCCAUGUUCACUCCAGACUGAAGGAGCCACUUGAUCUUUGUGACGUAUUGUCAGUCUGUGGGAGUGCUGUGGAGAGGAGCCUUACUUGGUGUCCUUCUAGGGACACAUAUGUCUCAGUCAGUCAUUCAGUGAUUGAUCCAAAGUCAUUUACCGAGUGCUUGCUCUGGGCCAGGUCCUCCAGGCUCUCCCUACCUUGCUGGGGUGCUGGCAGAGGUGAGUGGGGCAGAAGUACUGGGUAGUAGUCUAGUGACAUAGAUUAGGGUGUCAUGGGAGCAUAGUGAGGGCCACCCAGUGCAGGCUUGGGAGAUCUUGGAGAGACUCCCAGAGCUGAAGUCUGGCUGUGCUUGCUUAUGG